GAUCUGAAAUUAAACUGCAAAGCAAUGGAAUCAAUUGAAAAGGCAAUAAGUCGAGCAAUAAAGUUUCGGAAGUACAACGCGCUUAUCACGGAAACAUUUGAUUUAGCUCGUUCUCAAGCACGAGAUGCGAUUCGACGAAACCUGAAACCAUUCGCCGUUGUUGUCAAAGACUGCUUCCUAAUAUUUCAGAACCAAAGGAUAUCGAACAACAUGUGCUUCAAAGAUGUUAUCCAAUUUUGUGGCGCCUUACACAGCGACAGUCGUAUCAAGGAUCGUCGAGAAUGGUUGAUUUUAUUUGUGAGAGCUGAAUGCAAUGUUAUUGACACUUGCCGGUAUUUUUCAGGUGGUUGUAUAAUAGGGAAAGCAAAUAUGGAUGAAUUUUGCAUGGGUACGUCAACAUCUCAAGGUUACUUUGGUGCGGUUAAGAAUGGACUGAGCGAUGAGCAGAGACUGGAUCAAGAUUGGCUCAUUCCCGGUGGCUCUUCUGGUGGAUCUGCAGUUGCGGUUCAACUCGGCUUUGCUGAAAUGGGAUUAGGAUCAGAUACCGGUGGAUCAACGCGUAAUCCAGCCGCCUUCACGGAUUCAUUUGGUUUCAAACCAUCCUAUGGGGUUUUAUCUCGUUAUGGUCUCAUACCGCUAGUGAAUUCGCUGGAUUGUCCGUCGAUUAUUGCAAACAAUGUGAUCGAUUGUAAUCGUUUCUUCAGUAAGUUAUCAGCCAUACAGUGA